AUGUGGAGCAGCUGCAAUUACAAUACGGGAAUAUGGAUAGGCAUGUUGACAGGCACGUUUCUCCAAAUGUCUAUACUUCUCGCCAUUAUCUUCACAACAAAGUGGGAUAAACAGGCGGCGCUGGCAGAAGUCAGAAUGGCGGAGUGGGGAGGAAAGAACGAGAACCUGCCACUGAUGGAAACAACACAUACGGCUGAUUUUUCAGCUGAUACUAAGUAUCAUCUUGACCUGAUAUUCCAUGGCCAAAGCAUUACGAUGUUCCAGGCUUCAACACUUCUCUUACGAACCCCGAACAAUAAGAUGCGACCAACCAACCGCGUAGGGCUUGGGGGCUACGAGCAGGAUGGGUGGGAGGAGGGACACGGGCUUACCGGACGGAGGAGACGGCGGCCGCGACGGCGAGGACGGCGGCCGCGACGGCGAGCGGGGCGGCCGCGACGGCGAGGGCGGAGGCCGCGACGGUGA